GAAUUGCAAGUAAAAUUCACCAAUUAUAAUCGUGGAAAUUUGAUAAAAUUGACUGUUAAUCCCAAGAAGCCCUAUUUUAUUGAACAGUUGAUUGACGCCCAAAACUACAUCACUUUAGCUUUAGAUACAUUAGAAUGUUCAAAUAAUUUGCUUACUAAAGAAAAAUCUUACGAGUUAUUGGAUACAGUUCUUAAAAAUAUAUCUAAUGCCCGAUUUAUUCUUACUUGUGCAAAUGAAGAAAAAUUGUUUCCUUAUAAAAUUUGUGAUCCUCAGAUGUUCAGCUCCAAAUUGCCUGAAGACUUAGUGAUUCAGUUUCAUGUUGAAGGUUCAUGUAUAGUUGUUUCCGUUUAUGCGCUUCAAUUUCAUUCUUCAGCACCGCAACAAAAGCAAGGAAAUAUUUUAGGAUCUUCUAAAAGUUCAUUGAAAGUUUGCCAGUACAAAGAUAAAUAUGCAUCAGUAUUGAAUGAAAUUGUAGUAAAAUCAUUAGAUCCAAAGUUAGAAAAAGUUAUGGAGUGUCUGAAAAA